CCAGAUACUCACCCUUUCACAUUUCCCACUCUUUUUCCAUAUUUACAAAAACCCCCUCCAAAGCAAGAACAAAAACAAAAACAAGAAAGAGAAGGAUCUCUAAGCAAAGUAGGAAAGGUUGAAGGGUGUUUCUGAGUUGAUUUAGGUUCCAUGGAUACUUGCCGGAAAAUGGCACACAUGCUCGACCGUGAUGAAUUCAAGAUGAAUUUUGAGGAGACGGAGCUGCGGCUCGGGCUGCCGGGAGGUUGCGGUGGUGGCGACGGUGAGGCGGGGAAGAAUCCCGGCAAGAGGGGCUUCUUGGAGACCGUAGAACUGAAGCUUAACCUCCCGACGGCUUCUCUGAAGGACUUCGGCGGGCCCGAUCCCAACGAGAAGAUGAGGAAUUUGCCUAAGGAGAAGAACCUUCUCCCAUGCACUAAUGACCCUGAGAAACCUCCAGCUCCCAAGGCACAGGUUGUGGGUUGGCCACCCGUUCGAUCAUUCAGGAAGAACAUCCUAGCCGUCCAAUCGGAGAAGAAUGGGGCCAAGGAAGCUGAGAAGGUUAGCAACAGUGCGGCAUUUGUCAAGGUGAGCAUGGAUGGUGCACCUUAUCUACGUAAGGUAGACUUGAAAAUGUACAAGAGCUACCAAGAGCUGUCCAAUGCCUUGGAAAAGAUGUUCAGUUCCUUCACAAUCGGUAAUUGCGGGCCGCAAGGAAUGAACGGAAGGGAUUUCAUGAAUGAAAGCAAAUUGAUGGAUCUCUUGAACGGCUCUGAGUAUGUGCCCACUUAUGAAGAUAAAGAUGGCGACUGGAUGCUCGUCGGCGACGUCCCAUGGGAGAUGUUCGUCGACUCGUGCAAGCGUCUGCGCAUAAUGAAAGGAUCAGAGGCGAUUGGACUUGCUCCAAGAGCCGUCGAGAAAUGCAAGAACAGAUGCUGAAGAACGAACCACCACAGCCUGCUCAUUCGAUCUCGGAUGCCGCUGACCGAAAAACCCCAAUUGCCGCCAAGGCAGGAUGACGACAAUGGCGAUGGAGACGGCAGGUGAGAUGGAUCGAGCAGGGUGUUCGGGUGUGUCUGUACUGUGGUUUGAUAUAUAUUAAAAAACUUAUUAGAAAAAUGGGAUUAUUAUUUGUUAUGAACAUGAAGUAAUAACACUUUGUUGUCAAGACCCAUUAUGUCUAUGCUUUGUUCACCAGUGGCUUGUUUAAUAAUCAUUUCAUUGUUGUUUAUUGUA